UUUUGAACUUGUGGCAGAAGAGGAGAAAGACCAGGAACCAGAUGUUAUUUGUGUGGAUUCUUGCCCAAUAUGUGGAGAGCAAUUUGAUGCUGAGGCGAUGGCCCUCCAUGCAAGUUCAUGUGGGGAAAGCACCAGAUGUUUCCACAAGCAGUGUCACUGAAAGCAGCCUUGCUAGCCCAUCCAAUUAUGUGUACUUAACACCUGGCACAUCACAAACCAUACCAACAGGGCCAGUACCUGCAAUGUCUGACGCCUGGAAGAGGGUUGAAGUUCCAGAGAGGGCAGCGAUAUUAUACAGAAGGUAUUUGCUACAGGAAAAAGAGGAUGAACCAACACUGAAAGUAAGACUUGACAUGAGAGAGGAUGUUGAAGAUCAGGAGGGAAGACUAAUCAGCUUUUACAAGGUUUAUAAAGUAGAUUGGGCCAGACCACUCCAUUGCAGAUUGGAAGGUGAUGUAGCAACUGGAGAGGGUGUGAAACGCCAUUUCUUCAGCCUAGUGAUGCACAAGUUGCAGAACGGAUUCUUGAUGGAUUUUGGAAAUAGAACAAGCACUAUGCUUUUUGAGGGCCAAGCUGAUCACCUCAUCCCUUCCACCUCGCAAGUGCUUGUGCAGAGUGACUUGUUCAAGAUGGCAGGGAGGAUGAUAGGUCACUCCUUUCUGCAUGGUGGUCCUCCACUGACAGGUGUCAGCCCAGCAAUUCUGCACGUUUUGUUAGGUGGCUCCCGGGAGACAGCAACCAUCGUGCUGGAAGAUGUGGCAGACAUUGAUAUACGCGAGACAAUACAGCUGCUUGAGAGGAAAACAAGCAGUGAGCUGACAGAGGAUCAGAGGGCUGCUGUUAACCAGUUGGCAUUAUCUUGGGACCUUCCUGUGUUGACACAAGCCAACCAUGUGUGGCUUUUACACAGUCUUCUACAGCAUGCGGUGUUAGGGCGAACCUCCCAACAAGUGAAACAGCUGAGGCAGGGACUGCAGGACACAAUGUUAUGGCCACUGUUGGAGGCCAGGCCAGAUGUGGUUCCAGUGGUGUUCCCUCAUCAGUCUAUGGCUAAAUGCAGUGCUCAGAUGGUUCUAGACAACAUCAUCUGGCCUGGAGAAGAGGAAAAGGAGGACGACAAUGGAUGCUCUGUUGCAAUCAGAUGCAAAAUGGCUGGCUACCUACGUCAGUUUGUGGAGACAGUGACCGAGGAAAAACUCAAGCAGCUGGUAAAAUUCUGGGUUGGCUGGGAGCUGCCCAUGCAGGACAUGCAAGUGGAGGUGGUGCAGGCAGACCAUCCAACAUCGUCCACCUGCUUCCAUAUCCUGCGCUUGCCUGGUUACUACACCAAUUACCAAGAGUUCCAUGAUCAUCUGGAAGGUUGCAUUGCAACAAAUGAUACUGGACUAAGCAAUGCACCUCAGUAAUGGCAUCAUACACAGCUUGAGGGAUCUCAAGCUGGCUGGAUAGUGAGCUGAGUACAACUAGCUCCUGUGAA